CACAUAAGCAUCAGGCUUCCGGUCUGUGUGACUGUGCUGGUGCCGCAGCAGAUUCCAACUAUGCACAAAACUCUUGCUAUAAAAAAGGCACUUAGAGGUCUUUUCACCCGUGUGGAGCGCUAAUGCUACAACAAGUUGGAGCUAAGGCUGAGGCUCUUGCAGCAGUCCCCUGAGCAGUAAGGCUUUUAGCCGGUGUGUGCGCGCUGGUGCUGGAUCAGGUUGGAGCGGAGGCUGAAAGUCUUCCCACAUUCGGCACAGCUGCAGGGCUGAAGCAACGGCCACACUCCGGGCACGGGUAUGGUUUUUCACUGGUGUGUACCCGCUGGUGCUUAACCAGAUCACAGCCACGUCGGAAGCUUUUGCCAUACUUCGCACAAUGGUAAGACUUGCCUUGGUGGUGAAUGAAGCCGGGGAGGCAGGCUGUGGUCAGCCCACACUUCUCGGCACUCGCAGGGUUUGGGGCUUGUAGACGGCUGCUGUUGGCAAAAGCUUCUUCCUCCCCAGGGUCCGAGCUUGACCAUUUUCCGGGUGGGGAGCUGCCCCGGCCACACCCGGAAGGGCCGCUCAGGCGGAGCCACCUCGCACUCCAGGGGUGACCUGGGGGCUCCCCGGGAUGCGAACGUCCCGCUCCUCCGCUGCUCCGCCCCGUCUGGAUUCUGCCUCGCCACUUCUGGCGCCGCCGACUGCACCGCGGGUGAAGAGCGCCCCAUUUCCUAGACGCCAGCUACUGAGCUCACAAGCACGCCCAGAGCGGAGGACACUCGGGACCCUGGGGUCCAGCUCCGGAAACGGAAAAUUCCACAAGCCCAUGUCACUCUAGGAAGCGGCAACAAACGGUCUCGGUAGGUUUAACCCUCUCCUUCCCCUGACCGAGCAAGGGCUCCCCAUCUGCCGAGCGGUCACGACCCAACACUUUUCAACCUGGCUCGGGGUUAUCGGAGUCCGUCCCAGGGGAGGGCCCCGCCACCGCUGGGGGGCAGCGAAGCGAGCCUGGAGGAGGAAAGGCGGUCACCGUCAAGCGCACGCCGAGGGCGGAGCACGACACGAAGGCUCCGUGGUCGGACGUCAGGGCUGCCUGGAGGCCCCAGCCCACCUGGAGGGCCCUGAAGAGUCUCCAGCGCGUCCCGAGGUAGGCGUGCGAGGCUGGGCGCGGAACACACCUCCCGCAUGCUCCGCCCCCGUGUCCCACGUCGCGCAGCGACUAGGUUACCGCAGUGCUUCCUGUGCAAGGACAGACUUCCUGGUUCGAGAACUACAACUUCCGACUCGCACAGCUGCGGCGACGUUAUUUAAACAGCGUCAGCAAGGCGCUGCCCAGCGACUCCCCUGUCUUCCAGUUCCGCUCCCUGGGAUCUGCGGCGAGAGGCGGGGCGGAGUUUGAGGCCCGAGCCAAGAUGGCGGCUGCGAAGCCAACCCUCACGGACUCGCUCUCGUUCUGCCUCGCGCAGCUCACGGCGGCGACCGGGGAGGGACUGGGUGGGGAAAAGGACCCAGCUACCAACGAGACACCCCUGGGCUGCGCGCUCCUAGCCCUCCGCACUCGCCACAUCAAGGCAGCAGGGGGAAUCGAGCGCUUCCGGGCACGCGGCGGGCUCCGCCCCCUUCUCGCGCUGCUACGGCGAGCGGCUGCAUCGGGUCCCGCCCCGUCCCAGGAUGGCCCCGGCUCCGCCCCCUCGUCGGUCGCGUCAGCAGCUUCUAGCCCCGCCCCCGCAUCGGGCCCCGCCCCCUCCGCUGUGUCGUCGACUCCUUCGCCACCAGUGCGCCUGCGCAAGACGCUGGACUUGGCGCUCAGCAUCCUAGCCGACUGCUGUACGGAAGGGGCGUGCCGGGCCGAAGUGCGCAGACUCGGAGGUAUCCUCCCGCUGGUGACCAUUCUUCAGUGCAUGAAGACAGACAGCAUCCAGAACCGGACGGCCCGUGCCCUGGGGAACUUAGCCAUGGAACCUGAGAGCUGUGGGGACAUCCACUCUGCUGGUGCUGUUCCCCUGCUCGUGGAGAGCCUGACAGCCUGCCAGGACUCACUGUGCCUGCAGAACGUGGUGCGUGCCCUCCGCAACCUGGCGGACUCACCCCAGCACCGCCUGGCCCUGGCACAGCAGGGAGCAGUGCGCCCGCUGGCUGAGCUCCUGGCCACUGCCCCAGACGCUGCACUGACUUCAGCCCUUGUCCGUGCCCUCCUGGAACUCAGCCGAGGCUGCUCCCGGGCCUGUGCUGAGCAGCUUAGUCUGGGCGGGGGACUGGGCCCACUCGUCAGCCUGGCUUCCCACCCCAAACGGGUAAUACGUGAGGCAACCAUUCUGACCCUCGCCAACCUGUGUGCCCAGGGCUUGAUUCGUCCUGCACUGGGCAAUGCUGGUGGGGUGGAGGUGCUGGUACGUGAGCUCCGGCAGCGCCGGGGUCCCAGUGGAGCCAGCCCAGCCUCCCAACAGCCCCUGGUGCGGGCCGUGUGCCUCCUGUGUCGCGAGGCCAUCAACCGGGCGCGGCUGCGGGAUGCUGGUGGCUUGGAUCUGCUGAUAGGCCUGCUGCGGGACCCUCGUGCCAGCGCAUGGCACCCUCGUAUCGUGGCUGCCCUUGUGGGCUUUCUCUAUGACACUGGGGCCCUGGGCCGGCUUCAGGCUCUGGGACUUGUGCCUCUCCUGGCUGGGCAGCUGUGUGGUGAGGCUGGCGAGGAGGAAGAAGAGGGAAGGGAAGCUGCUUCCUGGGACUUCCCUGAGGAGCGGACCCCUGAGCGGGCGCAGGGUGGAAGCUUCCGGAGCCUCAGGUCAUGGCUGAUCUCCGAGGGCUACGCUGCCGGCCCUGAUGACAUCUCCCCUGACUGGUCUCCUGAGCAGUGUCCUCCGCGGGAGCCCGCAGAGCCGGCCAGCCCCGCCCCCAGCCCAACCUCCCUGCGGGCACCUCGCACCCAGCGCACUCCAGGCCGCAGCCCAGCCACCGCCAUUGAGGAGCCUUGGGGACGCGAGGGGCCGGCCCUGCUGCUGCUAUCACGCUUUUCCCAGGCCCCUGACCCCAGCGGGGCACUGGUGACCGGCCCGGCCCUGUGUGGCCUGCUGACCUAUGUGACCGGGGCACCGGGUCCGCCCAGUCCACGCGCACUGCGCAUCCUGUCGCGCCUCACCUGCAACCCCGCCUGCCUCGAGGCCUUCGUGCGCAGCUAUGGCGCCGCGCUGCUGCGGGCCUGGCUGGUGCUCGGGGUCGCGCCGGACGACUGGCCAGCACCGCGUGCCCGGCCCGCUCUUCACAGCCGGCACCGAGAGCUGGGGGAGAGGCUACUGCAGAACCUGACGGUUCAGGCCGAGUCGCCCUUCGGGGUCGGGGCCCUGACGCACCUGCUGCUCUCCGGGAGCCCUGAGGACCGAGUGGCCUGUGCGCUGACCCUGCCCUUCAUCUGCCGGAAGCCCUCUCUGUGGCGCCGGCUGCUCCUGGAGCAGGGUGGCCUCCGCCUCCUCCUCGCAGCGCUGACCCGGCCGGCCCCACACCCGCUCUUCCUCUUCUUUGCGGCGGACUCCCUAUCCUGCCUCCAAGGCCUGGUGUCUCCCACUCUGAGCCCAGCGCUCCCACCGGCAGUCCCCAUGGACCUAGACCCACCGUCCCCUUGCCUCUACGAACCUCUGCUGGGCCCAGCUCCUGUCCCAGCUCCCGACCUGCACUUCCUGCUGGACUCAGGCCUCCAGCUCCCCGCCCAGCGAGCGGCCUCGGCCACCGCCUCCCCUUUCUUCCGGGCCCUGCUGUCGGGCAGCUUUGCUGAAGCCCAGAUGGACCUGGUGCCCCUGCGAGGCCUGUCGCCUGGCGCAGCCUGGCCUGUCCUGCAUCAUUUGCACGGUUGUCGGGGCUGCGGGGCUGCCCUGGGGCCCGUGCCCCCGCCAGGCCAGCCCCUGCUGGGCUCAGAGGCCGAGGAGGCGCUGGAGGCCGCUGGCCGUUUUCUGCUGCCUGGGCUGGAGGAGGAGCUGGAAGAGGCCGUGGGCCGCAUCCACCUGGGACCCCAGGGUGGCCCGGAGUCAGUGGGUGAGGUGUUCCGCCUGGGCCGGCCCCGGCUGGCUGCCCACUGUGCGCGCUGGACACUGGGGCCAGAGAAGUGCCCAAGGAAGCGGGCCCUGGCCCUGGUGGGGCUUGUGGAGGCAGCAGGUGAAGAGGCAGGGCCCCUGACAGAGGCUUUACUGGCUGUGGUGAUGGGGAUUGAAUUGGGGGCAAGGGUCCCAGCCUAGACUGUUGACAUCCCCUUGAGAAGGGGACCCAAGGAUGAAUUGGCUGUGAAGGAGCCUCCCUGAGAUUGCCAAGGGAGGAGGCUGAGCAGAAGGCGUCGUCAUGGAAGAGUGGUGAGAACGUGGAAGCGGACCCCAGGAUGAUGGUCUGAAGACCCAGGAGGAGAAGCCAAGGCCAGGGUCCGGGCGUGGGGCCCACAGAAGCAGAACAGCCCAGGGCCCCAGGUGCCCGGCCCAGCCCUCUGGAGUUGAGAUUAAAAACUUUGGAGCUGGAUA